AUGAAAACGAACCGCAGCCGACACCUGGCUAUAAACCCAGGAAGGAACCCGGAGCUCUAAUCAGAAACCAGCUGGAAGGAGGAAAAACCGGAGGAAGGCGCAGUGAGCAGGGAAGCAGGAAGACGAGCGGAGCGACCAGCCGUGAUGACUUCGAGUAAGAUCGAGAUCCCCGGAGAGGUGAAGAGCGACCCGGCUGCUCUCAUGGCAUCCCUCCAGCUGAUGCCCAACCCGGUGCCCAACCCGGAGAUCAAGUACACCAAGAUUUUCAUCAAUAACGAGUGGCAUGACUCCGUUAGUGGGAAGGCCUUCGCCGUGUACAACCCGGCGACCGGAGAGCAGAUCUGUGAGGUCCAGGAGGCGGAUAAGGCGGAUGUUGAUAAAGCGGUGCAGGCUGCUCGCCUCGCCUUCUCCUUGGGCUCGGUUUGGAGGAAGAUGGAUGCGUCUGAGCGCGGACGUCUGCUGGCCAAACUGGCCGACUUGGUGGAGCGAGACAGCGUCUAUUUAGCAACUAUUGAGUCGCUGAACAGUGGGAAGCCUUUCCUGCCCACCCUGUUUGUGGAUCUCCAGGCAACGAUAAAGACUCUUAGAUACUUCGCUGGAUACGCAGACAAGAUCCAUGGGACCUCCAUCCCGAUGGAUGGAGAGUAUCUGACAUUCACCAGAUACGAACCCAUAGGAGUUUGUGGACAAAUUAUCCCCUGGAACUUCCCUCUGAUGAUGACGGCGUGGAAGCUGGCCCCGGCGGUCGCCUGUGGAAACACCGUCGUCCUGAAACCGGCCGAGCAGACGCCGCUCACCUGCCUCUGCAUAGCAGCUCUCGCCAAGGAGGCCGGGUUUCCACCGGGAGUCAUCAAUAUUUUGCCAGGAUACGGUCCAACAGCAGGAGCUGCGAUUGCUUCGCACAUGGGCAUAGACAAAGUGGCUUUCACGGGAUCAACCGAGGUUGGCAAGCUGAUCCAAGAGGCGGCGGGGAAGAGUAACCUGAAGAGAAUAACGCUGGAGCUGGGAGGGAAGAAUCCCAACAUAAUUUUCGCAGAUGCAGAUUUGGAUGUUGCGGUUGAACAAGCCCACCAGGGCGUGUUCUUCAACGCGGGCCAGUGCUGCACGGCGGGUUCCCGCAUAUUUGUGGAGGACUCCAUUCAUGACGAGUUUGUCCGAAGGAGCGUGGACCGAGCCAAGAGGAGGACAGUCGGCAGCCCCUUUGACCCCACGACUGAGCAGGGCCCACAGAUCAGUCGGGAGCAGCAGAACCGUGUGCUGGAGUUCAUCCAGAGCGGCGUCAGUGAAGGAGCCAAGCUGGAGUGUGGAGGCAAAGCUCUGGGCCUGAAAGGCUUCUUCAUCGAGCCCACCGUGUUCUCAAACGUGACGGACGACAUGCGCAUUGCCAGAGAAGAGAUUUUUGGGCCAGUGCAGCAGAUCCUGAAGUUCAAAACGAUUGAGGAAGUGAUCGAAAGAGCCAACAACUCGGACUACGGUCUGGUUGCUGCCGUUUUCACCAGCGACAUCAACAAAGCCAUGACCGUAACCACAGCCUUGCAGGCCGGCACGGUGUGGAUAAACUGCUUCAAUGCUCUGAGCACACAGUGUCCGUUCGGAGGAUACAAAAUGUCUGGCAACGGACGUGAAUUGGGAGAAAGUGGCCUGACGGAGUACACAGAGCAGAAGACCAUCACAAUAAAGAUGGCCUCCAAAAACUCUUAAAGGUGGACACGCUUCUUCCUCUCCAUCGUCAUCCUCACACUGUCCACGGCAGCAGACCACACCGGCCGUCCACACUAGCUCUCUCCAUGGUUAAACUCAGCCUCUACUUUCUCUCCACCCACAUUAACCCGACCUGGCGGCCCCCCCAUCUAUCUCCAGGUCUCCACUGGCAACCACUGACCCCCCCAACCUCGCACUGUUUACCUCCGGCUCCACUAACGACACUAAAGCACUCGCAGAGAUGAUUAGGGAGGCUGCUCUGACUGCGCCGUCCAACACAGUCGCCCACGCUGCCCCACGUUGCCCCAUGUUUCCCCAUGUUGCCCCACGCUGCCCCACGUUGCCCCAUGUUGCCCCACGUUGCCCCACGCUGCCCCAUGUUUCCCCAUGUUGCCCCACGCUGCCCCACGUUGCCCCACGUUGCCCCACGUUGCCCCACGCUGCCCCAUGUUUCCCCCCUGCCCCUCUCCACAUGCUGGAUCCUCAGAGACUCGGUCUCUGCACUUGCAAUAAGCCCUUUACUAGCUACUUGUCGCGUGUUGGGAGUUUUCUUUCUGCUGUGCGGCAUGAUUGUCAAAACCUCAUUCUUCCUCGUCUUGGUUAGGAUUUACCGGAGCGCGUCGGCUCGUUCGAGACCACUGGUGUUUCCGUCAGCCUCACACAUGAACGGAUGAAAUGUUGAUUCAGAAUUUAAAUUGACUCCUAAUUGUCUUUGUUUAUAUAUUAGCUCAUAUGACCUAACACUGUAUGUAAACCUUUGACUGACGUAAAGUUGUUAAACUCUUAAAAAGCAUUUUACACUCACUUGUUUUAAAAAAAGAAAGGAAAAAAAAAAAAAGCAGAGUAGGUGUAUUUUAAACUUUUGUAACUAUCAUUGAUGUCCAUGUAUGUUUAUGUUUAUACAAUCGUAUGCUAUAAAAUUAUAAAAUGACUGUAGUGAUGUUCUUUUGCAGUAAAUAAUUUUUCUUUUGCUGUAAAAAGUUUAAGUGUUUUUUUAGAGCUUUGUGUCUCAGGAGGUCAUGCUGUCUUUAAUGUUAUCAACGAUUUCUUUAUCAUUAAACUAAUCUGCCUGAUGAACCUUUAA